UUUUUCUUCGUAAUUAUAUACCCGACCGUUGAAACCGUUUCCUCUCUCUGAUACUCAAAAGAGUGCGCAAACACCGAAAACUUGUUGGCUUCUAUAGAAAGAAUCAAGUGCAACUGCAUGCUAUGGAGCUAGUAUCGAUUAAUAUGAACUUUUGCAUGAGACCGUGACCUUGGAUUUAUCUCACCAUGGGGGGUGUCAUCAGUAAAGCUGCAAAUGGCAUUGGAGGUGUUCUGGGAAAUGCUUUCUUAACUCCAAUUAGGACUAUCUUCGGUGGUUCAUGCGAGGGUGUUUGUUCAGGACCUUGGGAUGUGGUAUGUUUCAUUGAGCAUUUGUGUGUCUCCAAUCUGGUGAAACUGUUGAUGAUCUUGGUCCUUUGCUAUAUAAUGUUACUGUUCUUCUACUUGCUGUUAAAGGUGGGGAUCUGCCAAUGCAUUGCAAGAAGCCUUUGUAAGAUGUGUUGGGCAGCAUGUGAGACAUAUUGGUUUGCUUUAGAAGACAUUACGUGUUUAUUGUGGCACAAGUUAAAGAACGCCAAGAGGAUAAAUCGCCGCCGCCGCCACCGCCGACACCAUUUCCAAGAUGUUGAACUAGGUUCCAGUUCAAGUUAUCGUGAAAGUGAUUUUUCAGACAAUUAUCGUCAUUUAAAUGUCAAACGAAAGCGAAAAAAGGAUCAGUUUGGGAGCUCUCUCUACCCUCCAAGUAGGCAUAGUAGCCACAGUCACCAUCACCAUCAUACUAAGGAUAUAUCCAUUCAUGUUAAGGGUGGGUCUCGACGAUUAAGGAGCUCGAGACAAUUCCAAUUGAGUAAGGUAAGAAAUGCUCAAAGAGAGGCUCGGAUUUUUAAGAAGAGGAGGCUUAGAUGACCUUAUCAUGAUUAGACAUAUUAUUUUGGCAUUAUCACUAGCUUAGGUGAAUGUCUCUUUAGCUGCAAAUU